AUGCCCUGCUUCCCACCCUUCCGCACUCUCAAAGGCGAGGUCCUCGACCUUCACGUGUCCUCCUCCAUCGACGCCAAGGACGCGGUUGCCCUGCUAUAUUUCUGCGGUGGGGAUGAGAAGGCCUGCGUGGUGCAGCCCUGCAGCCUCGCUCUCUCUCAGUACCAGCUGCACAUUGGCCCCCUAGGCCGCGAGGCGUGCGUGGAGGUGCCCUACAUGCUCAUCGCCACCUGGGGCAUUGCGCGUGCCUCAUCCUCUAUCACCAAGGCGUUUGUGCAGGUGCAGCAGCAGGCGGAGGAGACGGCACGGACGUCGUCAGGGACGGCAUCGAUGGGUUCCACCAUCGGCAGUGGCGUGGCGUCGGCCGCAAGCCCUUCCGUUACGGCUGCGGUGGCGAUGAUGACGCCGCUGCUGAGCGCCCCUCCAGCGCAGGUGCCGCAGCCGGUGCCGCUGCCAUCGCGGCCGCGAUACGCAGACCCCCUGCCCGCUCUCUAUGUGGUCACGCUGCAGACGAAGCACGUCUGGCAGCAUCGUCUCAUUGUCCAGUCGGAGCGCAUCCUCAAGAACAUACGCGCACACCUCACUCUCAUGCACUGCCUGGCACGUGUCUCUGACCUUCCGGCCUUCCACUACGCCGAGGAGCGGCAGCGGCAGCAGCGGGUCGGCAGCAGCAGCAACAGCGUGAAUAGCACGGGAGAGGCAACGGGAACGGCGGGUAUAUGGAGCACCGAGUUUGGCUGGAACCUCUACUCGCCGCAGCGCGAGUUUACCCGCCAGCUCUGCAUCGACGCGUCUCGCCCCGCACCGGAGGUGGCCACCGAAGCAGCCCUGCAAGCGGGCCGCAUCGGUCUCCAUCAAGAUCUGCGACCUUGGUUCAGACUGGUGGACCUCCGUGACGAGGAGAGGGACGUCGGCCGCGGCGAGCGCCCCGCCGACUUUCAGUACACGUGCUCCCCGACCUACCCAUGGCUCUUCUUACAGCCAAGGCUUGUGGACCGUGAGUUGCUCCUGAGGGCGAUAGCGGCCCGCUCUCGCGCCCGUGUGCCCGCGGUGUCGUACGUGUGCCUGCGCACCGGUGCCGUUCUCGCACGCAGCUCCCAGCCUCUCAUGCGCUCGCCGCAACUCAGCGCCGACUCGGACGUGUGCUACACGCUCAUUAACAUGGGCUACGCGCCCCACCACGCGCGCCCGCAGCGCACGACAGCGUCCGCGGCAGUGUCGUCAUCGCUUGUCCCCUCGCUCUUGGCAACGGCACACGGCAGCUCGCCAGCCGCGACCAACUCCCUCAAGGCGAGCCCUGUGGUAGGUGCACCCGCCGCAGUGGCGAGACCCGUUCGGCCGCCGUCUCUCUUCGACGACGACUCGGACGGCGAUGGCCAGCCGCCAUGUGCCGGAAGCACGAGUAACGCGUCCUCCACACAGCAGCUGGAGAGCACGCCAGUAAACGGGAGCGGCUGCACCUCCGUCAGGACACCGCCGUCGACUGUAUCCAAGGCCGCGCGCAAGUUCACGGUGACCGCGGCUGGAGACGCUGCGAACGUCGCGACCACGCCACUGAUGGAGACCUCGCACGGUGCUGUGAUGGGUGCGAGCACGAACGCGAACGCGGCGAAGGUGCUGCUGGUGGCGGACUGUCGGCCACAAAUCACGGCCGCCGGCAACGCCCAGCUCGGUGGCGGCUACGAGUCGGGUAGCUACUACACGUUCUGUCAGACAAACUUCUUCGAGAUCGACAACAUCUUCGGUGUGGCCAAGUCGUUCGAAAAGCUACGCAGCAUGCUGGCCCGCUACCAGGGCAACACGGUGGAAAAGACAUUUCUGCGGCGGUUGUACGACUCCGACUGGCUCGCCAUCGUCCAGCGUGUACUCGUCUGCUCCGUGACGGCGGCGCAGUCGCUGCAGAACGGCGUCUCAUGUCUGGUCCACUGCACCGACGGCUGGGAUCGCACGUCACAGUGCACGGCACUCGCGAUGCUCCUGCUGGACCCGUACUACCGCACCAUCGUGGGCUUCUGCACGCUGAUCGAGAAGGAGUUCUGUUCCUUCGGCCACAAGUUCGCAGAGCGCUCUGGGCACCAGCUGCCAGGCCGCACGACCGUCUUUACUCACUCGGGUGUCGCAAGCUCCGACACGGAGCAGCAGCACGGCGGCAGCGGCGGCAGUGCCCCGCGUCUGGACACGUCGCCGAUCUUCUUGAAUUUCCUGGAUGCGGUGUUCCAGGUGUGCCAUCAAUAUCCGACGUGCUUUGAGUUUACGCCAGAGCUGCUCGCCCACCUGUCGGAGGUUGUCUACAGCUGUCUCUACGGCACGUUCUUAUGUAACGGCGAGCAGGAGCGGCACCUCGAGGGGGUGCGGCUGCGCACAGCCUCCGUCUGGACAGACGUCCUGCGCCGCACGCAGAGGGAGAAGGCCGGCAAGAUCCCGCUCUGCUUCGUCAACAUCCAUUACGACGCGGUGACGGCGUGGCGCUUCAUCUCGCAGCGGCGGCGCGGGCGUGUGGAGGGCGGUGCCGGCGGCGCAACAGCAUUGGCGGACUUUGUGUUGCUGCCCAACUGCAGCAGCAAGCGCCUCGUAUUUUGGGAGGCGCUGUACACCCGCGAAGACGCGGAUCACUACCUCAGCUACAACCCCCACGUGUACGCCGUCAAGACGACGCAGGAGGUCUCGUGGGGGCUCGAGUUCGACAGCUUCCUCGAUGCUGAGAUGGAGGAGGCGUGCGCCGAUCGGGAAAACGAAAUGGCAUCGCUGCUGGCGCUCGAGGAGUUCAUGGCAGCCGAGGCGAAUACCCCCGCGGCGCCGUCGCUCGCGGCUAACAGUGCGAGGAGUGCCUGGUGCGUCUUUGACGCCGUCAACUGCUUCAACUGCUACAAGUCCUUCGGCAUGUGGAGCACCAAGGCGCAGUGUGCGGCAUGCAAGCAGUACUUCUGCACCGACUGCCACGUGCACGACUGUAUCCUGCAGCAGUACUGA